UCUCGGGCCGCCGUCGCCGCGGGCGGGGGAGGCUCGCGCCGAGCCGGCUGAGGGGACAGGAGCGCUCGCGCGAGGCCUAGGCCGCGACCCGCCCCCAUGUGAGCGGGUCCCGCGCCGGGCCCAGCAGCGGGGACAUGAAGAAGGACGUGAGGAUCCUGCUGGUGGGAGAGCAGUUGGGAAGACAUCGCUUAUUAUGUCUCUUGUCAGUGAAGAAUUUCCAGAAGAGGUUCCUCCACGUGCAGAAGAAAUCACCAUCCCAGCUGAUGUUACCCCUGAGAGAGUGCCAACCCACAUAGUGGAUUAUUCAGAAGCAGAGCAGACUGAUGAGCAGCUUUAUCAUGAAAUCUCACAGGCUAAUGUAAUUUGCAUAGUAUAUGCUGUUAACAACAAGAAUUCUAUUGAAAAGGUAACAAGUCGAUGGAUUCCUCUCAUCAAUGAAAGAACAGACAAAGAUAGCAGACUGCCUCUUAUCUUGGUUGGAAACAAAUCUGAUCUAGUGGAAUACAGCAGUAUGGAGACCAUCCUUCCAAUUAUGAACCAAUACACAGAAAUAGAAACUUGUGUAGAGUGUUCGGCCAAAAACUUGAAGAAUAUAUCUGAACUAUUUUAUUAUGCACAGAAAGCUGUUCUUCAUCCUACAGGGCCUCUCUAUUGCCCAGAGGAAAAAGAGAUGAAACCUGCCUGCAUAAAAGCUCUCACACGCAUCUUCAGGAUCUCUGAUCAGGAUAAUGAUGGCACUCUCAAUGAUGCAGAGCUCAACUUCUUUCAGAGAAUAUGUUUUAAUACACCAUUAGCACCUCAAGCACUGGAGGAUGUAAAGAAUGUAGUCAGGAAAAAUCUAAGUGAUGGAGUUGCCGAUAAUGGAUUAACAUUAAAAGGUUUUCUUUUUCUACACACACUUUUUAUUCAGCGAGGAAGACAUGAAACAACCUGGACAGUAUUACGUCGUUUUGGCUAUGAUGAUGAUUUAGAGCUCACACCAGAGUAUUUGUUUCCUCCGUUGAAAAUUCCUCCUGAUUGCACAACAGAGUUGAAUCAUCAUGCAUAUUUGUUUCUCCAAAGCAUUUUUGAUAAACAUGAUUUGGACAGAGAUUGUGCUUUGUCUCCUGAAGAACUCAAAGAUUUGUUCAAAGUCUUCCCUUAUAUGCCAUGGGGGCCUGAUGUCAACAACACUGUUUGUACAAAUGAAAGGGGUUGGAUUACAUACCAAGGAUUUCUCUCUCAGUGGACAUUAACUACAUAUUUAGAUGUACAGCGCUGUCUGGAAUACCUAGGGUAUUUGGGCUAUUCAAUACUGACAGAGCAAGAGUCUCAGGCAUCAGCACUUACAGUAACUAGAGAUAAAAAGAUAGACCUCCAGAAAAAGCAGACUCAAAGGAAUGUGUUUCGGUGCAAUGUUGUUGGGAUGAAAGGCUGUGGGAAAAAUGGAGUUCUUCAGGCACUUCUUGGAAGAAACCUAAUGAGACAGAGGCAGAUACGUGCGGAGCAUAAAUCUUACUAUGCAAUUAAUACAGUCUAUGUAUAUGGACAAGAAAAAUACUUGCUGUUACAUGAUGUUAGUGAUUCUGAGUUUUUAUGUGAUGAUGAGACCAUAUGUGAUGUUGUCUGCCUGGUGUAUGAUGUCAAUAACCCCAAAUCCUUUGAAUACUGUGCCAGGAUUUUUAAGCAACACUUCAUGGAUAGCAGAACACCUUGUUUAGUGGUAGCUGCAAAGUCAGAUCUACACGAAGUGAAACAGGAAUAUAGCAUUUCUCCUGCAGACUUCUGCAAGAAACACAAAAUGCCUCCACCACAAGCCUUUACAUGUAACACUGUCGAAGCACCGAGUAAGGAUAUCUUUGUUAAACUGACAACUAUGGCCAUGUAUCCCCAUGCCCGGUUACGCUGUAUGUGCGCCUGCAACAGGUGUACAUUUUGCAUCUGUCAGAACUUCCUCAACUCAGACUUGCUGCAAUCUGUAAAGAACAAACUCUUCACUGCAGUUCUUAACAGGCACAUGACACAAGCAGACCUCAAGAGCUCCUCGUUCUGGCUUCGAGCAAGUUUUGGUGCUACUGUAUUUGCAGUUUUGGGCUUUGCUAUGUACAAAGCAUUAUUAAAGCAGCGAUGAUUUGAAAAGAAGCACAUCUCCUGGCCCUACCAAAUAAAAAUUAAAAACAAACAAAAAAAAAUAAAAUCUUUUAUGUACAUUCUGAAUGCUUUAAAUUCUGGUAGAAAUAUUUAUAUAUGCAGAGUUACUUUAUUAAUAUUUGUAAUUCAUGCAUAAAAUUAUUUUAAAUGAUAGCUAUAACUACAGUAUUGCAUAAUGUGUGGAGAAAGAUUUGCGUCAUAACAGCCAACUAAAAUGGCUUAACUUGUUAAGGCCAAAAGGGAAUUUGUUGUAAAUAAUCUGUAUAUAUUAAGGCAGUAAGACAUUGCUUCCCCAAAAUGAUUAGAAAUACUGUUCUUAGGUGUUUCACCAUAGUGACACAUUAGUGUACUAUUGGAAUUCAUUUUCAAUAGAGUAGGUUCAACUCAAGGACCAUACGUGCUCAAGGAUGGCUUAUUUAUUUCACAUUCAACUGAUGAUCUCUUUUGGGACUACAAGCUAUAUACAAAGGCAGAAUUUGUGGUUUUCUUUCUUGUCUUUUUUAACUGAAGAGCCAGUUUACCCACUGAACUACAUUUCAAGGGAAAAAAUAUCACUGGCAGACAGCCUAAUGAUUUUUGUAUGUUACAUGACGUGACAUGUUUAGCUGUCUAAGAGAGUUCUCUUUUAAAAGAAAAAGUAAACUUCAAAAACUGCCAGACUGACUUCCAUAUGCUGUGUGUAAUUGUGUUGCUUCAUUUUCCACUGUUGUGUUUUUAUAGCCCUUUCAAAUCGGAUGGAAAAGAAUUUGUAUAUUAUAAAUGUUUAUAAUUCAAAAAGUGUUGCUGUUUAAUUCCUCACAUCUGUAGAUGAUUCUUGUAAAAACUGUGUCGGGGUAGAACUAAAAUAGUACACAGUGCUUACUCUACUGUAGUAUAUUAGUUGCAUGGUUCACAGUGCAUUCUAUACCUGGUUAGAAUUACCUGUAGACAGCACCUUUUUUAAUGAUCAAGUAAAUCAAUAUAAAUUCCUCAUAACAAACCUAUUUUUUUCCGUCACCGGCCUUUUCAAGUAUUUCAAUAAAUAACAGUGUACUGUC